AUGAGGUACUUCACUUCAUUCAUCAUCCUUGCGGCAUCGCUUGCUGCCGCUGCCCCGGUGCCCGCGCCGCUGCCGUUGCCCGAGCCGCAGAACGACAGGGCCAACAAUGGUGCUACUGCUAUCGAGGCAGCUGUUGAUAUUGCGUUCGCCACAGCUCUCGGCCAGGCUGGUGUCUUCGGUCAGAGCUCCGGCCCAGAGUUCGAGGCUGCCCAAAACCAAGCGGCUCGAGCAGCCGCUCAAGUGGCUGCCGAUGCUCUCGCGGCUAACCAGGCACAGGGCAUCCAGACGACCCUCGAGCUAGACCCCCCUGUGCAGGCUGCCCUAGAUGAGAUAUUGGGGAAUAACAACGGAAAUAACAACAACAACGAAGGGAACAACAACAACGGAGGGAACAACAACAACGGAGGGAACAACAACAACAAUGGAAACAACGGAGGGAACAACAACAACAAUGGAAACAACGGAGGGAACAACAAUAACAAUGGCAACAACGGAGGCAACAACAAUAACAACAACAAUGGCAACAACGGGAACAACGAUGGCAACAACAACAAUAAUAACAACGGCGGCGGCGGUAAUGGCAACGGAAACGGAGGAGGCAACGGAGGCUUCCGAGGCGGCUUUGGUGGCGGUUUCGGUGGUUUCCGAAGAGGCAGGGGAGGCUUCUAG